AUGGACGACUCGUCCUCUGGCAACAGCUUCCCCGACAUGCAGCGCAGCAUUUUAGAAUCUAAAACCAACCAGAACCUCUCAGUAGGCCAUUUCCCCUCUGAGGCCGGCCCUGACUGUGAGGGUAUCAUACCCUGUGAAGACUUGACCUCUGAGGGUCCAUCCUCCCUCCCUCCUGUCCAAGGGGCAUGUGGAACCAGCAGUGUAAGGGGACCCAUGGGCAGAAGAAAUAGAAUUAAGGACAAGCCAGAAGACCUUGGUGAAAAAGCCAUCAUGGAGAUCAUGUAUGCCUAUCUGAACUGCCUCCAUGAAGACUCAGAGACGAUCACCCAGUCAUUCUGUGAGCUGGAGGAUAUCAAGAAAAAUAUUAAGGAGUUUCUGGACAACCCCGAAUAUGAUGAAGAAGAUGACACUGUGCUCCCUCCGUCUCCACAGGAGGAGACUGUAGGUGAAUCUGUGCUCCCUAAUUCUUCUCAGCAGGAGGAUGUCCAGCCGAAGAAUGUCGAAGAUGACGACACUGUGCACCCUGAUUCGCCUCCAGAGGAGGAUGUAGCUUACUCUGUACCCCCUGAGUCUUCUCAGAAGGAGGAUGUAGACAACUCUGUGCCCACUGAGUCUCCUCAAGAGGAGGAGGAUGUCCAGCAGUCCAGAAGUGUCUCUUCCCAUAUGGAUCAGGUCAGUCCUGAAGAGCAGGAGGCUUGUCAGGACUUGCCCAAGUGUCAAGGAGCAGAAAAUGGAGAUAUCAAGCAGUUCCUAGAAAUGCCUCCUGGGCUUGAGGAGGAUGAAAUUGUUGAGUUGGAAAGCCAGGAGCCUGGCACUGCAAAGAGCUCUCCAGUCUCAGCAUUGCAGUCAGAGGAGCGGGAUAUGCCUUCAGACAAAGAAGGCACUUCCUGUAUGAAUUUCCGGGGCCUCUUUCACUGGCUCAGGAAGCGAUUGGUGUCCUCCCUGCCAGGGAGAAAGCGCCGUGAGAAGGCCAAGAAGGUCUCAUCCUGCUGGCGCUAA